UAUAAUUACAUAAUAAGAUAAAUUUAUUGAUUAAAAAUAAGUUGAUUUAGUGGUUAGUUGUUUUUUAUUUAAAUUUACUCUUGUAAAAUAAAUUAAUAUGAAAUCAAGUCUAGUUAGUCCAGUAUGUGUAAACAUACUGAAGAAUAUAAAAUACGCAGCCUUCCCUAAAACUAAUAGAUAUUAUACAAGUACAAUUAUACCUAAAUACACUCGAUUUAAUAAAUUUCAACCCUUUCAAUACUCUAUUGCGAGACGUUAUUCAUCCGUUGAAGAUUCCAAGGCUUCGGAACAAAAAACAACUAAAGAUUCCAAUGAGGAACAGAAUUUAGAAGAGGAAAACAGUAAAGAAGAAACAAAUUUAACUCCAGAAGAGCUUCUGAACCAAGAGAACGACUCACUCAAACAGAAGUUGAGCACUCUGGAGACCAAGCUGAAGGAGUUGGAGUUGAAGUAUAAGAUGAGCUUGAGUAAUUGUGAUAACUUGUGUAAGAUUCACAAGAAAGAGUUGGAAAACACAAAGAUUUACGCAGUAACAGAGUUUGCUAAGGGGUUGCUAGAAGUAGCUGAUACCUUUGAAUUAGCCUUAAAACACCUGGGAGAAUCAGAGUCCAACAACUCUAAUGAUUUUGUUGACGGGAUUAAAAUGACAGAAAGCAUGCUUCACCAGACUUUUGAGAAGUUUGGGAUUAAGAAAUAUGAAAGCCUAAUGGAGGAUUUCGAUCCCAUGAUCCAUGAAGCCAUGUUUGAGGUUAAGGACAGGGACACACACAACAAGGUUGUACAAGUUGUUAAAAACGGAUAUACCAUAAGUGGACGCGUUUUAAGACCAGCUAAAGUUGGUGUAUCAAGACGUCAAUGAUAUACUUUAAUGUAGUACAAAUGUCU